GCGGCUUCAUUACAGUUGCUGAUACUGAAAAUUGUUAUAGAUAUAAUUCAUCAUUCUUCUUCUGGUUCAGACAAACCUGAGCUUCAAAGCAUGAAUCCGCAUCCAAUUUCAAUAACUUUGCUACUUUUCUUCUCAUUCAACACUCCCACAACGGCUAUUACUACUCCAACUCUCUUGGCAGACUGUGGCUCAUCAAGCAGCGCAUCUGCUGCUUCAAGUGAUGGCAGGGAAGAUGUUCAACUCAUCGUAGAUAAGCUGAUCCCAACAAUCCCCCACAAAACUACACGCGUCUCUCGUUCCCAGUUCUCCUACACAUUUGGAGUAAGCCCAGGUCAGAAAAUUCUCCGCCUUCACUUUCAUGCAGCUGCAUACAGAGGAUUCGAAAGUUCGAAAGACUUAUUCUCUGUCCAAGCUGCUGCUUUCACCCUGCUUCGAAAUUUCAGUGCUUCUAUUACUGCUGAUGCUCUUGGUUUGAGAUCUUUUGCCAAGGAAUACUGCAUAAACAUUCAAAAUCAUCAACAGUUACACGUAGUUUUCUCUCCUGAGCUUACCCCGUCAUUGAAUACAUACGCAUUUAUAAAUGGAAUUGAGAUUUUAUCAGUGCCUGCUAGUUUAUCUUACUUUGAAAGAGGGGCUGAUGUUGGAGUUGAAGCUGUGGGGAAAUCUUUGGUGUAUGUUGACGGCACUACUGCUCUUGAAAUAGUUCGCAGACUAAAUAUUCGAAAGGAUUCUGUAAGCGAUGAUGGCAAAAUGUUUGGGGAGAGGGAAAUGAUUCCUAAGCAUAAAUCUGGCAAGCUGAAGAAUGUUACAUGGAUCACCUCAGUGGAUGUGGGGUUUCAGUACUUGAUCAGGAUCCAUUUCUCUGAGCUAGGACUUAAGUUGGUGGAGAUUUUUGGUCUUAGUUUUAAAAUAUACAUUAAUGAGAUGAUUGUAAUUGAUACUGAUAUUGGCAUAGUUGGAGAAAUGUAUGAUGAAAAUAGAACUCCCUUAUAUAGGGACUACAUGGUGAUGAUGAAGGGGUAUAAACAAGAGGGUAAACGCGAUUUACUGAUAUGUCUGCAGUCGAGUAAUGUUGAAUUCAUUCUUGGACACGGUCCGGUUACAAGUGCUGAGAUCUUGAAGUUGAGCAAUCCUGAUAAUAGUCUUGCCAGUCCCAACCCUUUGCCUUUAAUGCAAGAUUCAUCAUUGCAUAGAGUUGUAGGUUGCAGAAAUUUUAUUGCAACUGCUGCAGUGGCACUGCUCGCUUUGGUGAAUGUCAUUAUUUAUACAAUGAGAAAAAUCUUGGAAGCUUGUGUUACUGAGAAGAACAGCUUGCUAUCAGCUAGAGCUCAACGUGUUUGUCGUCAUUUUUCACUAGCUGAGAUCAGGUCAGCUACCAGAUGUUUCAGUGAUGCACAUCUUGUAGGAAAGGGUGGAUUUGGUAACGUGUACAGAGGCAUAAUCAAUGGUUGUCAAGAUGAAGUGGCAAUAAAGCGGUUAAAAUCAAAUUCUAGACAAGGAGCAGGGGAGUUCUUGACAGAGAUUGAGACACUAACCGAGCUCAGGCAUGUAAAUUUAGUCCCACUGAUUGGCUACUGCAACGAGAAUGGUGAAAUGAUUCUUGUUUAUGAGUACAUGGAAAAUGGGACUUUGGCCGACCACCUUUACAAACUAUCGAGUAAUGGCAGUGUAUGCUCAUCUCUCACUUGGAAGCAACGGCUUUCCAUAUGCAUUGGAACUGGUCGAGGGCUGGACUAUCUUCACACAGGCCACUCACUCAUACAUCGCGAUGUGAAGGCUUCAAAUAUCCUUCUGGAUGAAGAAUUCGUAGCUAAGGUUUCAGAUCUUGGCUUGGCUAAGCACUUGAGCAGAAGCAGAUUAGAGAGCCAUGUUAGUACAAAAAUUAAGGGCACAUAUUGGUAUAUGGAUCCGGCUUAUGUAACUACUGGUAAAUUAACCAGGAAAAGUGACAUCUAUGCCUUUGGGGUGUUGCUGUUGGAAGUUUUGACUGGGAGACAAGCUGUAGAUUCGAGUGUUGCAGAUGAGGAGCGGGUUUUAACCGCGUGGGCUAGAGAAAAUAUUAGCAAAGGACAUGCUGAGAGGAUUGUAGCCUCGAAUCUGAGGACUGAAAUCUCAAAGGAGAGCUUGGAGGCCUUUGUGGGGAUCGCUACAAGAUGUUUGCACGGUGAGCCAAAGAAACGACCAACAAUGGCUCAAGUUGUUCUUCAACUUGAGUUUGCACUUGAGCAACAACAUAGCUCAAAAUUUGUUGCUCCAUACGCUAUAACAAGUGGUUUGAAUGAUAAUCAUCCAUCUAAAGAUCUUAAUAGUUUAUCUGUCAAUUCUGAGAUAGGCUACAAAUACGCUCAAACUAUGAGAAAAAUGGUUCCAUUUGAGCCCUCAUCCGGAAGAAAAGAUGUUAGAAGAGCCAUGAUACAGAAACCAUCACAUAUUUGGCAAAGGGGUGUACUUAUAAAAAGAGGCUAUAAUGCAACAAAAACUGUGCAGAAGAACGACGAUAUUGGAGUCCCCGCCAUUUUAGCAGAUGAAUUUAAGGUCAAACAUGGUGGUAAUACCCAGAUGGUCACUAUCCCUCGAAUUCCAGCUGAUGAACUGAAGGAGGUCGCUGAUCAAUUCGGUUUUAAGUGUUCCAUUUAUGAGGGAAUCCAUGGAAGGGUAUAUUAUGCAGUCUUGAAAAGUGGACAGGUUACAGCAGUUAAAAAACUAGACUCUAAAAAGCAGCCACUCCAAGAAUUUAUUGCAAAGGCAUCAAUGCUAUCCAGCCUAAGGCAUGAAAAUGUGGUCGAGCUACUUGCUUGUUGCGUGGAUGGUGGACUACGCAUCUUAGCUUAUGAAUAUGCUCCUAGUGGGUCCCUACAUGAUAUCCUUCAUGGGAAAAAGGGCAUCAAAGGCUCAACACCGGGUCCAGCUCUGUCAUGGAUGAAUAGAGUUAAAAUUGCAAUUGGCGCCGCGAGAGGAUUAGCAUACAUUCAUGAGAAGGCACAGAUUCAUGGAGGCAUCAGAUCCAGCAAUGUCUUACUCUUUGGUGAUUGUGAAGUUGCUAAGAUCACAGAUUUUGAUCUCCACUCCCUCAACAAGAAAACCAACUUUCUACAUGGCCUAAGAUGGUUUGUUUCUGGAGGAAAACAUGUCUCCACUGGCCAGAAAAGUUGGAUGAGCGAUGUCUACAGCUUUGGCGUUGUACUCUUGGAGCUCUUGACCGGUUGUAAACCAAUUGAUCACACACAACCAUUAGGACAGCAGGAUCUUGUUCAAUGGGCGAAAUCAAAGCUUAGCGAAGAUAAGAUGGAAGAGUGUGUUGAUGCUAGGCUGAAAGGAGAGUACCCUCCAAUGGCAGUUGCAAAGAUGGGUGAAGUUGUUGUUUGGUGUGUGAGAGAUGAAGCCGCCUCUCGUCCACAUAUGAGCUCUGUAGUUGAAGCUCUCCAGUCUCUUUUAGUUUGUUGAAAUCAUAUUAUUGAUGUCUUCCGUUGGUAGAGAUUCCCAUGUAUACACAGUGGUAGUUCUUAAUUUGUUGGUUCCUUGAAAUAGAAGAAUAAAGGGAGUGGAGAUUGACAAGGAUAGAA